UAUAACAUAUAAGCUUACAGUUGACAGAGUUCGACCCUGCGCCGCGAUAUCUAUAAAGAAACCCCGACGUCCGUAAGUCCAAACAAAACAAAUCUCAGCAUCGGGCUAGAGUGGUGGAGAGCAGCACGGCCGCAACGCAAAAUUCGUGGUGCCGGGUGGCGUUGGUGGCACGACCCUCCGAACGACGACAACAGAAGGAAAAAAUAAUAACAGAGCGAGUGGUGUGUAAAUGUAUUCGGGGUCCGGUUCGUCGAACGUGUCCUGCCGCUGCGAGAACAACAACCAGUGCACGUUGCAGAUGAAGAGGACGGACGCGAUGGAGAUAAAGAGGCACAAGAAGGACAUCAAUUGCAACCAUCACACGAUGCGAAAGAACAAAACGCUAGAAGUCAGGAAGGAAGAGGUGCUAGCCAUUAGGAACAGAUUCCCAACCAAAAUACCUGUUAUAGUUCAAAGAUUUUACAAGGAAACCCAUCUGCCAUACUUAGAUAAGUCCAAGUUUCUGGUGCCCCAAGAAAUCACCAUGUCCCAGUUCCAAACAAUCAUCAGAAAUAAAAUGCACAUGGGCCAAAACCAAGCGAUGUACCUGUUGGUGAACAACAGGACUAUGACGAGCCUCUCACUCACCAUGUCUGAGGUCUACACCGAGCAUGCAGGUAUCGAUGGCUUCCUUUACAUAACAUACGCCUCACAAGAAGUAUUCGGAUGUCUGGACCAGUGUGGAAGUAUUUAGUUAUCAAUGGAUUGUUGGAACUGUUUGAAAUUAUUAGAGUAUACUAAUUGUGUUUCGAUAUUGGAGUGUAUGUGUGGCCAAUAUUGGUUUGAAUGUGUUCAAUGUUUAUAUCAGACUGCAGUGUUUUUGAUAUAUUUUGUACAAUAAAUUUAUA